UUCUAUAGAGAAGUAUACCUCUUCCCGUGAUUCCUAUAAUAGCACCAUUUGUGGUAAUUCUAAGAUCAACUCAGUUCCUCAAGCCUGCAACAAAUAUGGAUGCACGCUUUACCCAUCUGCUUCUACUAACUUUGACUCCUCUGCUUUUGCGCAUCUCUGCUCAUGAAUUCCUCUUGCCAGGCUCCUCUCUCUCUGUAGAGGAUAGCUCAGACAUUCUCCAUUCACCAAAUGGCGCUUUCACCUGCGGCUUCAACAAUAUUUCCCAUAAUGCUUCUGUCUUCUCUAUCUGGUUCACCAGCACAGCUGAAAAGACUGUUGUCUGGAGCGCCAAUCACCUCCACCCCGUGUACUCCUGGGGAUCCGAAGUCAUGUUAUAUACAGAUGGAAGAAUGGUUGUAAAAGAUUACAAUGGCCAGCUCGUGUGGGGGAACACUGUGAACUCUUCAUCAAAUGCCGAACAAGCUCUGUUGUUGGACACAGGAAACCUCAUCGUGAUGGGCAAAGGUGAUAUCAUCCUAUGGCAAAGCUUUGAUUCUCCUACUGAUACUUUGCUACCGUAUCAGAACAUUACUGCUUCUACAAAGUUGGUCUCCACUAAUAGGUUACUUGUUCAUGGGAACUACAGCUUCCAUUUUGAUGAUGAACAUAUACUUACACUGUUUCAUGAUCUGAAGGAUAUCUCUUUUAUUUAUUGGCCAAACCCUGAUAGUAAUAUCUGGACAAAGCAAAGAAACUCAUUUAAUACCACAACAAUUGGGGUCCUUGAUAGUUGGGGCUAUUUCCUUGGAAGUGAUAAUUUAACUUUUAGUGCUACUGAUUGGGGUCUAGGUGUUAUGAGGAGGCUAACAUUGGAUUAUGAUGGCAACCUUAGAUUAUACAGUUUAAAUAAGCCAAAUGGAAGAUGGUCGGUCACAUGGAUGGCAUUUCGUCAGACCUGUUUUGUACGUGGUGUGUGUGGUAUGAAUGGAAUAUGUGUGUAUACACCUAGGCCUGCUUGUGCAUGUGCCCCUGGACAUGAGAUCAUCGACCAAAGUGACUGGACCAAAGGUUGCAGGCCAAAAUUUAACCUCAGUUGUGAUGAACAGGAUAUCAAAUUUGUGAAACUACCCAGCACUGACUUCAUAGGUUAUGAUCAAAGCAAGCAUAGUUUAGUUUCCUUCCGUACUUGCAAGAAAAUAUGUUUGAAGGACUGCAAUUGCAAAGGUUUCUUAUACUGGCAAGGAGUUGGAACCUGCUAUCCAAAGUCGUUCCUUGGUGGUGGUGUAACUAGCCCACAGUUAUCUGGUUCUAUCUAUCUCAAGCUUCCUAAGACAUUAAAUGUCUCAAGGUCCUCUAUUCCUCACUCUCAUCCUUCUAGUCCUAGAUAUGUUCCUAAAUGUAGUGCAAAGAACCAAUAUUUCGUUUCAGAUUUUCUGGAUAAACCUAAUAGUAGUCAGAGGGGAUCACAAUAUCAGUACUUAUAUGGAUUCUUAUCAGCGAUAUUUUGUGUGGAGAUAAUAUUUGUGGUAUUAGGAUGCUGGUUUAUGUUGAGAAGGGAGGGCAGGCAGUUAACAGGAGUAUGGCCAGCUGAGGUUGGCUAUGAAAUGAUAACCAACCAUUUCCGCAGGUACACUUACAAGGAGUUGCAGAGAGCAACUCGAAAGUUUAAGGAUCAGAUUGGGAGGGGGGCAUCUGGCCUUGUAUACAAGGGGGUAUUGAAAGAUAACAGGGCAGUAGCUGUGAAAAGGUUGGCAGAUAUAAACCAAGGUGAAGAAGAGUUCCAACAUGAAUUGAGUGUGAUUGGAAGGAUUUACCAUAUGAAUCUGGUGAGGGUUUGGGGAUUCUGUUCUGAUGGUCCACACAGGAUAUUGGUUUUAGAGUACGUUGAGAAUGGAUCAUUGGAUAAAAAUCUAUUCAGUAGCAAGGGCUCUCAUAUCUUACUUCAAUGGAACGAAAGAUUUAAGAUUGCUCUAGGGGUUGCAAAAGGAUUGGCCUAUCUUCAUCACGAGUGCUUGGAGUGGGUUAUCCACUGUGACCUGAAGCCUGAGAACAUACUUUUGGGUGAGAAAAUGGAGCCAAAGAUCACUGACUUUGGCCUUGCAAAACUUCUGAAUAGAGGUGGGUCCAAUAAAAGUGUAUCUCGGAUACAUGGAACUAGAGGUUAUAUAGCUCCUGAGUGGGUCUCUAGCGCACCAAUAACCGCAAAGGUUGAUGUCUACAGCUUCGGAGUUGUUCUCUUAGAACUACUGAAGGGGGCUCGUGUUUCAGAGUGGGCAUCAGAUGCUGACGAGGAAGUGGAAAUGGUCCUCCGAAGGGUUAAUAGGAUGCUUGCAGAAAAUCUGAUGCUGGAGGGCGGCGAACAGUUAUGGAUCGCUGACUUCAUUGAUUCCAGAUUGGACAGCCAGUUCAAUAAUGUGCAAGCAAGAACGAUGAUCAAGUUGGCUGUUUCAUGCAUAGAAGAAGACAGUAGGAAAAGGCCCACUAUGGAAAAUGCUGUGCAGAUGCUUCUUUCGGUUGAUGAGGCAGUGUCAUAAUUCAGCAGUAUUCUACCAGCUAAAAAAAAGAGUUAUUUGAUAUAGUAGGCAGCAUCUAUGCAUAGUCUUAGAUCCAAAACAAGAUAUCUAUGAUGCGUAUCCAUGCAAAUCAAGAACUGCAUGAGUCAUUUGUAUACCAGUAUGAAAUUUUGUAUUUGAACACACUAUACCAGCUUAUGUAGAGUCAUAACACCAAUACUUGUGCAAAACCUAUGCCAGUAUGUAUUGUAAGAAGUUAAGAUUUUGUGUGCUUGUGAUUUACCAUCAAUGCAAGAUAUGUUGAUGGUUUGGCUUUUC